GCUGAGGUGAACUGAGAAGUCACAGCUCUCUGCUCCCCACAACUUCCUUUUCUCCCUGCAAACGCUGGAAGGCUGAAUCAAGACAGCUCUGAGGACGUGACUGCAGCAGCUGCCACAGGUCCUGGCUGUCUCACUGGAAACAGCUCACGUUGUCCCUUCCAAAGCCUCCUCAGUCGUCCCAAAGCUUGCCCUGCAUCCCUUCUCUGAGAUCUCAGGAAGACCACGAGGAUCCCAGCAGAGGACAUGGAUGUACACGUGUCCCUUUUCGUCUGCCUGUGCCUCCUGGCUGCUCAAAGUAUCCCAGCAGAAACAAUAUCAGAGCUACUGACCUUGAUGACGCACCUGGAGCGGCCCAGAGGCCGGACCUCGUCUUCCAGAGUGAAUCCCAGGCAUAUCCAUCACCUGGAGCAGAUGUUGCUCAACGCCAGCUUCUGCGGGCACAACCUGACGCUGCAGACGAACGCCAUCCAGUCUCUGGUCUUCAAGUUGGGUUGCAGCUUUCCUGGCCUUUCCCUGUCUAGUACCACCCUGCCAAAUGUCCCCCAGGUCAGAGGCAGCCAGGGAAGGCCUGCAGGGGCUUACGGUCAAGAUCUUCCCCCACUGCUGGUCCCCAGUCCCCUGUUCAUGCUCUGUCCUGAUCUGCUGGGAGUUGCCCCUUCUGCUUUGCUGUCUGGAGAGCAGAAAGAGGAGGCCUGGGCCCCACAUGGCAUGCAAUUUCCUGCUGAGCUGACCAAGGAUGCCUGUGUGGCCUCCCAGCCUGCUGGGCUCCGACUCAUCUGCAUCUACUUCUUCACGGCGGCACAGCUCUUCCAGGAUGACAGUAACUCAUCCCUGCUCAAUAACUAUGUCCUGGGGGCCCAGCUGGAUCACAGGGCUGUGAAAAACCUUCAGAAUCCUGUCAACAUCAGCUUCUGGCACAACCGAAGUCUGGAAGGGUACACUGUGACCUGUGUUUUCUGGAAGGAGGGAGCCGGCCAGCACAGCUGGGGGACCUGGAGCCCUGAGGGCUGCUAUACAGAGCAGCCUUCACCCUCUCAGGUCCUCUGUCGCUGCAACCACCUCACCUACUUCGCAGUUCUCAUGCAGGUCUCUGGAGAUCCAGUGCCUGCUGAGCUACGAGUGCCUCUUGAAUACAUCUCCUUGGUGGGCUGCAGCAUCUCUGUCGUGGCCGCGCUGCUCACCAUACUACUGUACGCCCACUCCAGGAAGCAAAGUGACUCCGUCACACGUAUCCACAUGAACCUGCAGGGCUCUGUUCUGCUCCUGAAUGUCAGCUUCCUUCUGAGCUCCCAGAUGGCCCUGCCCACAGUGCCCAGGUCAGUGUGCACGGUGCUGGCUGCCACCCUCCACUAUGCGCUGCUCAGCUGCCUUACCUGGAUAGCCAUUGAAGGUUUCAACCUCUACCUUCUCCUGGGGCGCGUCUACAAUGUCUACAUCCACCGAUACUUGCUCAAGCUCUGCGUGCUGGGCUGGGGCUUUCCAGCCCUCUUGGUGCUGCUGCUUCUGGUGAUCAAGAGCUCAGUGUAUGGGCCCCACAUGAUCUCUUUCUCCAAAAGCCAGGAAAAUGGCACAGGCUUCCAGAAUGUGUCCAUGUGCUGGGUACGCAGUCCCAUGGUACACAAUGUCCUGGUCAUGGGCUAUGGUGGCCUCACAUCUCUGUUUAACCUGGUGGUGCUGGCCUGGGCUCUGCGGAUUUUGUGCAGGUUACGGGCGCGGAAGAAGGCUCUGAGCUCCUGGGCCUACCGGGACACCGUCAUGGUGCUGGGCCUCACGGUGCUCCUGGGCACCACCUGGGCCCUGGCCUUCUUCUCCUUUGGUGUCUUCCUGCUGCCUCAGCUCUUCCUCUUCACCAUCUUCAACUCGCUCUAUGGUUUCUUCCUCUUCCUGUGGUUCUGUUUGCAAAGGCAUUACUCAGACGCCGAAGCCAAGGCAGAGAUGGAGGCAGUCAGCUUCUCCCAGACGACACAUUAACCCAGCUCCCGGCCUGCAGCCUCAGCCUAUCCUGCUUCCAGCAGCCCACGGCCUUGGCUCAUCCUGGGACAGUGGUGGGCAGGUUGUGGAACACCAGAGUCCACUGUACCCUCAAGGGAUCCUUUUUACCUCCCAGAAUUACCUAGGGCAGAAGGCAGCGUGUCCUGGGUGCAACUCCAUUGGCCAGGCUAUGGUCUGCGAGCCAGGAGGUUACGCCAGACUGGAUCACACCUUGCACCCUGCUCAGCACUUACAGAUACAGCCUUGUGGCCUGUUUCUGGGGCCAUUCUUCCUUUUGCCAGUCCCAUCUGAUGACGACUUCAAGUUUCCAUCUUUCCAAAGGUCAAGAAAUCCAGCCCUUCCCCCUCCUUAACCUACACAGCCAAGACAAGACCUCUGUGUCUUUCCCUGAAGCAGAGCCCGCUGGGCUUGAGGGAUCUAGCUGCUAGCCCACUGUGUAGGACCCGAUUUUCCUGGUGGGCCUGAGGGUGUGUGUUCAAAAUCUACAAAUUCUGCCCACAAUGGGAGCGCAUCUGUGUUGCUAUUCAGACCAGGUGGGAGACCGCGCUUCCCCCAGGAUGGACAGUAGGGGGCGCUGUUGCCUUGUGUGCCAAGGCAUUGGCUCCAAAAUUGCCGCUGGAAAUGCAGCUGUUACCUACCUGUCUGAGGACCCAUCGACAAGUAGGAGAGUCUGGGACCUACAACGCCAUUGGCUUUCACACAUCCAUUGUCUCUUUCUCUGUGCAGUUGAACAAGGUCAUGUUUGGGGGUUUGGGCCCAGGUGUUUCUGGCACCCAAACAGCUGCUUGGGGUAGACAUCAGACAUACCAUGUACUUGAACCACAGAAAGGGAAUCAGAGCUGGAUGCUAUCCUCCUGGACAUUUCUGGGUAAUCAUGUCUCCAUCCUCCCAGGAGGUCCUCUGAGUGUUUCUGGGUAAUCAUGUCUCCAUCCUCCCAGGGAGUCCUCUGUGUGUUUCUGGGUAAUCAUGUCUCCAUCCUCCCAGGGAGUCCUCUGUGUGUUUCUGGGUAAUCAUGUCUCCAUCCUCCCAGGGAGUCCUCUGUGUGUUUCUGGGUAAUCAUGUCUCCAUCCUCCCAGGGAGUCCUCUGUGUGUUUCUGGGUAAUCGUGUACUUAGCCCCCCACUGGCUGCGGAGUGUACAGGCUCUGGGCCAGGCUGCCUGGGAUCAGAUGCCAGGUCUGUGGCUGUGGGCAAGUUGUUCAGCCUCUUUGUGCCUUAGUUUCUCCAUCUACAGCAGGGACAAUAGUAGUAACUGUUUGGAAGAUUCAGUAAAAGAAAAUCCACUUAAGUCUUACUACAUGAGGCCUCAAAAAGUGGUCACUGUUAUUACUAGAUUUAUAGUAUCAUUUUUAUUCUAAUUAUUUCUCUCUCUGUGUGUGUAUGUAGUGUAUGUGCACACACGUGUGCAGGUGCAAUAUCCUUGCACAUAUGUCCUGGAACCAGAGAAGGAUAUUGGGUGCCCUGUUCUCUGACUCUCUGCCUUAUUCCCUUGAGACUGGGUUUCUCAGUGAUCAUGGAGCCAGGCUGAUAGCCAACAACCCCAGCAAUCCUUUACUUUCACCCAACACCCCUCCUGCCCCCCACCCCGACCAGCACUGGGGUUACAGGCUCAUGUGACAUACUUGACUUUUUUUUACAUAGGCGCUGGGAUCUGAACUCAGGAUCUCAUGCGUGUGCACAAAUGCUCCUAUGUACUAAACCAUCUCUUCAAAGGCCUAGUUAUUGAUAACAGCUUCAACUGAGGGAAGCUGUUUAGGUCCCAGGCCUGGUGCUGUUUGACCCCACAGCUCCUCCUUAGGCAUAUCCUUCCAUCUUGUGGCUUCCUCCCCCACUUUUCUUGGAGAAGGACCUUGCUCACCCCCUCUGGCCCCUACUGUAUCAAUGAUGUUCCCUACAUUCUACGACUCCAGGCUAGCCAUGUCUCCACCCCAGUUUCUGAGUCCUCCACUUAUCCAUUUAUCAUAUCUUUCAUGAAACCUCCCCAGUUGCACCACAGGGAAGGCCUCUUUCCCACGCUGGCUCCAGGCUGGAUCCUCCACCAGAACCCCCCAUGGUUAGUCCAGCAUGGAGAUCCUUGGGUUUGGUCUCCACGUUAAUGAGGAACCUUUGGACAACUGGAUGGGUGGGAGAGAGGUGACCCAAGUGAAACAGGGGCCUUGCUUGAGCCAAGGACCUGGCCUCUCAGAACUGGUAAACCCAGAGCCACCCGAAGGAGGACAUGGUCGCAAGGACAGCCUGUGGCUCUGCACCCCACUGAGGUCCAGACUCUGGGGUAGCACUUCAUGUAUCUACCCCAGUAGGGGCGGGAAGUUGGGUCAGCCGGAGGAGGUAUGGGCUGCCAGGUCUGCUCUAGCUUAGUGUUCCCAAUAGACAUAGCCUAGGUGGUGGACCAGCUUCUGAGCUUCCAGAUGGGCAGGAAGGUAGGAAGGUCUGGGAUGGAGUUUGGGGAUGCUGCCCAGAGGAAGGCUCUGAGGAAGGGCUGACAGUGGGCGUGGUCUCAGGAAGGCCUGGUACAUCAGGCACGAGCAUGGGUGAACAGUGGCUGUUGAAGAGAGAAUUCCAGAUAAUGCAAAGGAAUUUUACUUUUGAAGACACGCUCACACUAAGAAGUUAACUCGUCUAUCUGAAAUUCAAAUUCCGCCUCA